AUGUGGGGGAAAAGUGCGGCAUGGCUGCAGGACGAGCUGGAGUCUGGACUCAACUCUCUGCUCCUGCUCGACUGUCGCUCUCACGAGCUCUACGAGUCCUCUCACAUCGAGUCCGCCAUCCAUCUCGCCAUCCCGGGCCUCAUGCUCCGCCGCCUGCGCAAAGGCAACCUGCCCAUCCGCUCCGUCAUCCCCAACGACGCGGACAAGGAGCGCUUCAUCCGCCGCUGCAAGAGCGACACCGUGCUGCUGUAUGAUGAGUCCGGGGAGAGCGGGGCGGCGGCGGCGGGGAGUGCGGGGUCCGUGCUCGCGCUCCUCAUGCACAGACUCCGGGAAGACGGCUGUACGGCCUACUACCUGGAGGGAGGCUUUAAUAAGUUCCAGUCAGAAUUCCCAGAACACUGCGAGACCAAUCUGGACUCGUCAUGUCCGAGCAGCUCUCCUCCCGUCUCGGUUCUGGGUCUGAGCGGACUGAAGAUCAGCUCAGACGGAUCGGACGGAGAAUCGGACCGGGAGCCGAGCAGCGCCACCGAGUCGGACGGCAGCCCGUUGCCUAGCAACCAGCCGGCGUUCCCGGUCCAGAUCCUGCCCUAUCUGUAUUUAGGCUGCGCGAAAGACUCCACCAACCUGGACGUCCUCGGCAAAUACAACAUCAAGUACAUUCUGAACGUGACGCCCAACCUGCCCAACAUGUUCGAGCAUGAUGGAGAGUUCAAGUACAAACAGAUUCCCAUCUCGGAUCACUGGAGUCAGAACCUGUCGCAGUUUUUCCCCGAGGCCAUUUCCUUCAUCGAUGAAGCUCGCUCUAAGAAGUGUGGGAUCCUGGUGCACUGCCUGGCGGGGAUUAGUCGCUCGGUCACGGUGACGGUGGCGUAUCUGAUGCAGAAACUCAACCUGAGUCUGAACGACGCGUACGACUUUGUCAAGCGCAAAAAAUCCAACAUCUCACCCAACUUUAACUUCAUGGGGCAGCUGCUGGACUUCGAGCGAACACUGGGGUUAAACAGUCCGACCUGCGACAACCGAUCGCCCAAAGAUCAGCUGUUCUUCACCACGCCCACCAAUCACAACGUUUUCCAGCUCGAUACGCUCGAGUCCACGUGAAAAACGCACCGGCCGACAUUUUUGCCUCCGGGAGAAGGUUUGAAACACAAUUCGGGCAGCGUUCAAUCGUAAAUAUGUGCCCAGAAAUCCGAUUGUGAAAGCAGAACCACAGAACCACAGUUCUCGCCGUCACGGCAGCUUCUGGCCUUUCUGAAAGGACUGUUCUCUUCUGGUGUUUUUUAAAAAUAAAGAGGAAACAAGAGACCAAAUGAAACCAGACAAACAACAGAAACUGAUUCGUCAUCAGGUUUUUACAUCAUCAACAACAAACUUCCUGUCCUGAUGGGGGCCAAUCUGGAAUUUUUUAUUUUUUAAUUUGCAUUUUUUUAAGAACAGGAUCUCGGGAAAGAAAAGUCGCUCUACUCAUGUAGGGUUUGGGAUUUAAAAAAACAAAACAAACAAACAAACAACAUGAAAAUGCCAUACAUCUCGACCAACAGCUACAAUUUCUAAAGAUUCCUGAUUGUAUAACGACCAACAAUAACGACGUGUUUUGUUUUUUUGUUUUUUUUAAUGGUUUGUUUUGACCUAAUGCGCUUUGCACAGAGGAAGCCUUUUAUCUCAUGGCACUUGAAACUGGUACACAAAUAAAAAGAGACGUUUUGAGGUCGUUAAGGUCGUUAAGAAACGGCUCUUAACGAACUUCCUCACUUCCUUCCUAA